CGCAUUGUGUUUCUCACUGAGAUAUUGACCGUGGCCUUCGCCAAACCUAAAUUCUGGCAGAACAGUAGUGUUCCUUUUGGCAACGACCACGGUUUCUUGAUAUGGGAAAAUGUAUCUUGCGUGCAGUGGCUCUGUUGGGAUUAAUUUGUCGAUCUAGGCUAAAAAAAGAAACCUUGUUGGAUUAUAAGAUAUCAAGACCAGUAAACCCCUGGUAUGUUUACUUUUUUUUUUCUUAGCUCCCUUUUGUUCACAGUAUUGCAUGGGAUUUACGUUUUAGACACGGUAAAGUUUACAAUUAACAAUACUUGAGGUAAUUGUAAUGACUAUUGUGUGUGCUUUUUGAGGUAGUCUCAACUACGUGUUUAUUUGGACAGUGAAGCUAAACCUUAUAAUUUGGCUCUAUACUCCAGCAUUUUGGACAUGAGAUCAAAUGUUUGAGGUGACAGAACAGAAUGUCACGUUAUAUUUGAGGGUAUUUUCAUACCUCCGUUUAAGCAUUUGGAAAUGAAAGCACUUUACGUGUAUAUGGGGGCGGCAGGUAGCCUAGUGGUUAGAGCGUUGGACUAGUAACCGGAAGGUUGCAAGAUCAAUUCCCAGAGCUGACGAGAUAAAAAUCUGUCAUUAUGCCCCUGAACAAGGCAGUUAACCCACUGUUCCUAGGCCGUCAUUGAAAAUAAGAAUUUGUUCUUAAUUGACAUGUCUAGUUAAAAAAAGGUUUAAAAAAUGUCACCCCAUUUGAAGGUGUCAAGUAUUUGGAUGAAUAUACACCGAACAAAAAUAUAAAUGCAAGAUGUUUCAUUAGCUGAAAUAAAGAAUCCCAGACAUUUUCCAUAUGCACAAAAGCUUAUUUCUCAUUCUGUCCACAUAUUAUUUUACAUCUGUUGGUGAGCAUUUCUCUUUUGCCAAUGGCAUCUCAAGAAGCUGAUUAAACAGCAUGAUCAUUGCACAGUGCUGGGGACAAAAAAAGGUCCACUUUUAAAAUGUGCAGUUUUGUCGCACAAAACAAUGCCACAGUGGUCUCAAGUUUUGAGGGAGUGUGCAGUUGGCAUGCUGACUGCAGUAAUGUCCACCUGAGCUGGUGCCAGAGAAUUUAAUGUUAAUUUCUCUACCAUAAACUGCUUCCCAAGUCGUUUUACACACAGACCAUUUGGCACCACGCCAGCCCAGAGCCUCCACAUCCGGCUUCACCUGCGGGAUCGUCUGAGGGGAGGUGGGGGGCACAACAAUCUGAAACAACCUAAACAAAGUGAAAAUGCAUCCAACAAGUUUGUAGAGUCACAAGCUUGAUAUAGUCGAUGCGUACUAAACUUUUGACUAAAUUGAAUAAACUAAGUUAAUUUGUCUAAAUACUUAUGACAACUUCAAAAUGGGGGGAAUUCAUUAAUAAUGGUAAAACCGAUGUAUGAAAAUACCCUCAAAUAAAAGGUGACAUUCUGUGCUGUCGCCUCAUAACAAAUGCCAAAUUCUGGGUUAUAGAGCCAUAUUAAUUGUUUUACUUCACUGUCCAAAUAUGUAAGGAAGUGAUUCUGCUUCACCUAGCUAGUAGAAUAUAUUUUGUUUACUCAUUUCCUAUCGCUACCCCAAAACAAAAGACCAAAACUCCAUAUUAAUGACCAAAAGUAUGUGGAUACCUGCUCGUCGAACAUCUUAUUCCAAAUUCAUGGUCAUUAAUAUGGAGUUGGUCCCUGCUUUGCUGCUAUAACAGCCUCCACUCUUCUGGGGAGGCUUUCCACUAGAUGUUGGAAUAUUGCUGUGGGGACUUGCUUCCAAUCAGCCACUAGAGCACUAGUGAGGUCGGGCACUGAUGUUGGGUGAUUAGGCCUGGCAUGCAGUCGGCGUUCCAAUUCAUCCCAAAGGUGUUCGAUGGGGUUGAUGUCAGGGCUCUGUGCAGACCAGUCAAGUUCUUCCACACCGAUCUCAUCAAACCAUUUCUGUAUGGACCUUGCUUUGUGCACGGGGGCAUUGUCAUGCUGAAACAGGAAAGAGCCUUCCCCAAACUGUUGCCACAAAGUUGGAAGCACAGAAUCGUCUAGAAUGUCAUUUUAUGCUGUUGCGUUAAGAUUUUCCUUCACUGGAACUAAGGGGCUUAGCCCGAACCAUGAAAAACAGCUGUUCUAAGAACUGUUCUUAGGCUUGUGUGCGGCUGCUCGGCCAUGGAAACCCAUUUCAUGAAGCUCCUGACGAACAGUUCUUGUGCUGACGUUGCUUCCAGAGGCAGUUUGGAACUUGGUAGUGAGUGUCGCAACCCGAGAACAGAUGAUUUGAAGGCAGUGACAUUCUGUGAGCUUGUGUGGCCUGUCACUUCGUGGCUGAGCCGUUGUUGCUCCUAGACGUUUCCACUUCACAACAACAGCACUUACAGUUGACCAGGGCAGAAAUUUGACGAACUUGUUGGAAAGGUGGCAUCCUGUGAUUGUGCCAUGUUGAAAGUCACUGAACUCUUCAGUAAGGCCAUUCUACUGCCAAUGUUUGUCUAUGGCGAUUGCAUGGCGGUGUGCUCGAUUUUAUACACCUGUCAGCAACUGGUGUGGCUGAAAUAGCCGAAUCCAGUAAUUUGAAGGAGUGUCCACAUACUUUUGUAUAUAUAGUGUAUUUGGACUGAAAUGUCACUGAUCCGUACUUGACCUGUUUGCUUGUGAAACUACUACUCUAACUCUGCUUGGUGUAUUGCAUACAGCUCCAUGCAGAUCAAGUCCCCAUCUGACUCCUCCUGUAUUCCACCUGUGUUAUAUUUCGCUGUAUUUGGCAUCUUUAACAAUAUCUAAGGGGGACGAGAAAUGGUCUACUGCCAUUCAUGACACAGCAGUGGCAUCUUGUGGAUAAAUUGAGUACAAUAUUUCAUUUAGUACACAUUUUCUCUCAGAAGGUGGUUGAAAAUGGCAUCUUUACAGACAAUGCCAAUUACAAAUAUUUUUUUUCUCCAGAAUAUCUACUCAAAGGUUAAAAAGUAAAUACAUAAAAAUGAAUCUGUUGCUGGGGAAUUUCGAGUCAUGGUGUCCACUAAAAAUAGUUUCACCUUGCAACAUUGCAUAGUCUGGCAGUCCAAACAGUGCCUGGUCAAAUAUCCCUGUCCAGUGUCCACUCCACACUGUGCUGGUUGGGGGAGGAACUCGACCCCUUUUCCCCUGCUCCUACUUCUCUCCUUGUGCCUGUAUCUAUCUCCCUGGAAAAUGAAAUAUGCUAAUAACAGAGGCAAGUGUUACCCUUUAACUGCAUGCAUGACACAAUAAAAGUGUGAAUUGCUUUUUUUCUUAACUAGUUGUUUGCUUUGAAAUGUUUAGGUACACUGUACACUAUAAGAGCUUUGUGGACGGGAUCCCUUUUUUUUGAAGACAAAUGACCUCAUCGCUCUGUGUAAAGAGAUUCAUAGUGGACUGAUGAGAGCUGUAGUUAUUACAAUGUAUAAAUAGACCAGAGUCAAAAGUUCAACCAAAUUAAAAUGUGUUGCAGAUAUGAAGCACCCUCUAGUAAGGAUGAGAAACGUUCAUUCCCAGUCCUCUCUGGGGAGUGACACCGACUCGCAGCCUGUCCUGAAAGAAGAGGAGGAAGAGGAGGAGGUAACACUAGAGGAGGAGAAAGAGACGGAAGAGGAGAAAAAAGGGGACGUAUUGACGGACUCAGAGCUGGAUCCAGAGUUGCCUGAGGAGUAUUCCCAUGGCCUGGAGGACCUGAGGUGGAACCUGAGCUCUCUAGAGAAGGCUGUAUAUCUCAGCCUGCCACCAUGGGUCCAGAGAGCAUUGCUGUGCAACCUCAUGGCUAAAUGUGGUGUAAACAACUCAUUCUUCCCAGCCCGUCUGCUGUCCUACCUGCUGCUGCCCUACAUACUGCCAGCCUCUAUCUUUCUCCAUGUCAACUACAGGGUGCUGUGUUGGCUCCGCCAAGUCCCAGGGAAGUGGCUGUGGCCGGGUGUCGAAGUGGCUGUGCCAUUCCUUCUAAAGCUCUCUCACCCCAGGAAGAACCUCAUGCACAGGUUGUGGCCCUCUGGUCCUGUCAGAUUUUGGCCCGUUGGUCCUGCCAGGUUGUGGCCCUGCAGUCCUAUCAGGUUGUGGCCCUACAAUCAUGUCAGGUUGUGGCCCUGCAAUCCUGUCAGGUUGUGGCCCUACAAUCAUGUCAGGUUGUGGCCCUACAAUCCUGUCAGGUUGUGGCCCUACAAUUCUGUUGGGUUGUGGCCCUGCAAUCCUAUCAGGUUGUGGCCCUGCAAUCUUAUCAGGUUGUGGCCCCUACGCUUUCUGGCAUCUGCCAAAGAAAAACAUACACAGUUUAAGAGUGCAGAGGAUCCUCCUCCACAGCAGCGCCGUCGCUCCGUCCUGCGGUUCCAGCUGUCCACCACCAGCACCCAUUACACAACCGAGAGCCCCAACACCCCAACCGAGAGCCACCCUGACCCGCUGGGCUUCUCCCUCCUCUUCAACCUGGAACUAGCGAUGGACAACCAGCCCAAUCAGCCCAACAACCAGUCUCUACUCCAUCAUAGCGAGAGGCUGCUGCCACUGGAGUAUGGCCCCUGCAUAAAGAAAGAGGCCCUGGCCUCCCCACACAUCUCCUACAUGGGGGUGGAGGAAGAGGAGGAGAGGAUGUCUCAGGGAGGGGAUGAGGUGGAGGAAGGGUUAGCUCUCCUCCCCAGCCUUCCUGUGAAGUGUGCCAAUACUGGCUACUAAUGUUGGCUGACUUUAGGGUCAGGAGUUUUUCCCUGAUCGGGUCACAUGGUUAGGAAUGUGAUUUUCUCAGCAAAUGAAUAGCAGACCUAAGUCUGCCUGUAUCCAAUUCACAACUAGUUUGUACUUUGAAGUAUAAUGUAUGUUGAACCAGAUUAGUGAAGUCGACUCUCAUGUGCCACAUGAGGCAGUAAGCACAAAAGCUCUCUUUCUACUACGCCCUUCCAUUCUCACUCCAGUAUGCACAAUGACUGGAAGGAAUGAUGAUUAGGGUAGAGUCCCUCUUAGUCACGUCACAUAGUCAAAACAACUCCCUCAUGUUCCUUAUCAGCUGACUUCCAGGUAAAGUAGUAGGUAUUACCUUAUCAGCCGACUUCCAGGUAAGGUAGUACUUAUAUUGUAUUAGAUUUAUGUAUUUUAUGAAAUUGUAUAUGCAGUGCUUGAAAGACACUGGUCUCAAUGGUGACUCCCUGAUUAAAUAAAGGUAAAUAUUGUCCACAGGACAUGUAUUACAUCUCAACUAGUUUAAUCAAAUUACUUUCAGGUAUUUGACCACGGGUAUUGUUCAUCAAGUGAGUGACAGUCCUAUGAGUGGGGGGCUACCCGGCAGAGAUGAAAAUAUAAUCUUGAACGGAGAACUCCAUUCGCCCACUGGCGGUAGGAAUUUACAGCCUUGGGCAUAAGAAAGGUGGCAAAUAGCAAGCACAACAUUUUUUCCUAUCUGGUUACUAUCAGUGUUUGAUAGGAUCCUAAUAAACACCAUUAUUUUGUUAGCUGAAUAGUAAUACCUUUGGAUUGAGACAAUGUUAAGCCUUUUAACCUUGACCAGCUGUUUUGCUGAGGUUGAGUGGAACUUAGUUCAUUUAAAUAAAAGUAGUUAACACAUGAAAA